AUGUCGCCAGGAUCAGAUGACACCAUACCGCAUCUCGAAGUUUCGGUCUUCGAUUGGGCGGACGUCCAAGGCAAGUAUGAGGCACUCUCCUACAUGUGGGGCUCACCAGACAAGGUGCAUCAAAUUAGAGUGGGAGAAACUAUGCUACCUGUGCGUGAAAACCUAAUGCGUUUCAUUCUGCACUACAGCAAGACCGCUAUACCGGACAAAUGCGAAUACAUCUGGAUUGAUGCAUUAUGCAUUAACCAAGAAGAUUUGGCCGAGAAAGCGCGGCAAGUUGCCGCCAUGAGUUCCAUAUAUCGAGGCGCACGUCGCGUCCUUGUAUGGCUUGGAGAAGCCAGCGAGCGGGAAAUUCUCACCCAAAGUCUUCUUGACAAUGUGCGGCAGAUCUAUAGAAAUGCUGAGCAAGAGGCAAACGAUGGCAUCAAACACCAGAAUUAUAUGAGGCUACGCGCUUACAUGAAGCAAAUAUGUGCCCAUCCAUAUUGGUCACGACUGUGGAUCGUCCAGGAAAUUCAUCUUGCU